CUCACUAGCUACAUAUAUAAACCCCUUUGUUGUUGCCUUCUUUCCAUCUAGCUCCGCCAUGGCUUUCGUCCUUUCUGAUCUCCUGGUGUCUCCAAUUACUGGUCCUUCUGAAACUGCUGAUGUUCGAAAGGUUCCGGUUGGUCCUUUAAAACUGGAAGAUGCCAUUAGGCCUCCCACAAAUUUAUACACGACUAAGGCACCUCAUACUGCUACCAUCCUUUCUGUUAGGCAAAUUUCAGGUCCUAGUUGUGCUGAUAAGAUAUACGAAAUCAUAUUUGAUCAUCGUGGCUUUAUGAGUUACAAGGAGGGGCAAGCCUUCGGUGUUAUGGUCCCGAAUGCGGAUAAUCCGUUUGUACCAGGGUGUGCCGAGGGGCUUAGGACUAUCUUUAGUGCUUCCUCAAGGUAUGGAGAUUACUUUAAUGGCAGAACAACUACCAUACUUGUGAAACUUAACAAAUACGACGAGACCUUGAGGAAUUUAUGCAAUGCAAGACGUGGAUAUCAUCUUCAACUCACAGGCCCCUCCUUGGAGGCAACUCUUUUGGGGGAUUAUAGUCCCACUGCCACUCACAUAUUUGUGGCUCAAUCUGGGGCAUCCAUUGGUCCUUUCAGAGCCCACAUUCGCCGUUUCUUCAAAGAAGUUAUUCCCACGUUCAAAUUCUCUGGCCAAGUAUGGCUAUUCUAUGGGAGGAAGGACCAACCCCAACCCGAUUGUCGAAUAUACAACGAUGAAUUUGAGCAAUACCAGGAGGACUACCCACGAAACUUCCACUAUUAUUUCUACAACGACAUUUUGUCCCAAAAUUUAGCUGGAACGGUAAUUAAUCUAUUGACUAAGAACGGAGCUUACAUAUACCUGGUUGGGCCUCAUGGCAUGGUAGAUAAUGCUGAUACCACCUUCACCAAUAUUGACCCACAUUGGCCAAUUCAGAAACCUAUACUAGUAGAGAAGAACCAGUGGCGCGUACAAGAUGACGAUUAUUGACAUCCAUGCAUGUCGUCUCUCUCUUCUCUUCUCUUAUGAUCAUUAUAAAUAAUUACCUAUUAUGCAUGAUCAUGAGUUUAAAUAAGUGUCUUAUAUAUGUGUGUAUUCCUGUUUCUCGAUGUGUGUAUGCUAUAAAUAUCUCGUACCUUUUCCCAUCUAUCUCUACGCUACUAUUAUGAGAUUAUGGGAAACUAAAGCUAUUUGAGUUGUACGUCCAAACUCGGUAGAAAGCGACCUUCUAUUUUCAUGAGCAAUAAUUUACCCCAAUCCAUCAUCUGCUAGAGUUUAUAAUAAAGUAUACUUAGUCUUGU